AUGAAAGUCACAGUCUGCUUUGGUUCAACUAGGGUCAUCGUCCCCUGUGGACGUGGAGAGAUAUUGGUCAGAGAUCUAAUUCAACAGGCCAUCACUCGGUACAAGAAAGCCACUGGAAAGAGCUCAAAUUCAUGGGUGACCGUCCACAGUUUGCAGUCUCAGAGUGAUGGUGGUAUCUUGGAUCCUGAUGAUCGCCUCAGGGAUGUGGCGGAUGAUAGAGAACAAAUUGUUGCACUCUAUGAUGAUGGUGAUAGCAAUAGUCCUCACCAACACGGUGGUGGUGACGGAGCUAGUGUUACAUCUAGUCCAGAUAUGUUCCACAGCCGAGAUGGAUUACAAACUGACGUUGAAGUCACUAAUGAACAAAUUGCUUGUGGUUUCCCAGCUUUACAUGUCCGUAGAGGUAGUGAACCAGCUCUUAAUCAAUUACCACUUGAAUGUCCAAACAAUUUGGGCAAAAGAAACAGUAAUACUAGACCUGCUGCAUCAGGUCAAUCUAAACGAUGGUCAGCAGCUCCUAUGAUUCACGACCCCAAAGAAAAACUAAGAACCGAUGAUUACAUGAAAAUCAAUGGGUUUGGUUUAUCUGACAAAUGGAGGUGUUCUGAAGAAGAUGAAGAUGAGUUAGAAUUAGGUGACAAAGAUAAACCACCAAUUAGCAAUCAUUUUCUUGCACCAUCAUUUCAUCGUGAUUCUUCGAAUCGUUUAUCCAUGCAAUUCUUGGGAGAGUCAUCAAGUGGGUUUCGGUGGGCAGAGGCUGCUGAUUUGGCAAAUAAUCGAGCCCUAUCAUUAUCAUUACCAAGAGACCACAGAAGGAAAGAACCGUUGGGGCAAGCAAAUACAAAUCCUAGUCACUUACCAGAAUCACAAAACACUGAAUUUAUAGUGUUAAGCACUGGUGGUGGCUCAUUAGGCAUUCAUGUUGUCCCAGAUUACAAUGCUCUAGGCAAAGAACGGGGUCUUCUUGUUCAAGGUAUUGAACCUGGAGGUCGGGUGCACUGUGAUGGCAGAUUGAAAGUAUAUGAUCGAAUUGUAGAAAUCAACGGCCGGUCGUUAUUGGAUCAACCAUUUAAUGCUAUACAAGAAAUAUUUCGAGAUUCACUACACUCUUCAGAGCUCAGACUCAGAGUGGUAAAACAUAAAAAUAAUAUGGACAUUCAAACUAGUCAAAAUACGGUGGUUGGUAAUAAAAAACAGCCACCGCCACCAGUGUUUCCUAAACCAUCCUCAAACACCACUGCAACUUAUAGUAAUAAAGAAAAUGUUUCUACAGGAUCAUCCGAUAAAGAUAAAAUCAACUCAAAUACUAAAAUAGCCACCAUUUCACCAACCAAAAAAAUAUCAGCUGCAACACAUACAGCCUCCAAUAUCUUGAUGGUAGCCAACACAAGAAAAAUUGGAAAGAAAAUGGAAUUAGAACUUACUAAAGGACUUCAUGGACUUGGAUUCAGUAUAACAACAAGAGAUAAUCCAGCUGGAGGAAAUUGUCCAAUUUACAUAAAAAAUGUGUUACCAAAAGGAGCUGCUGUUGAAGAUGGACGAUUACGACCAGGUGAUAGAUUAUUAGCAGUUAAUGGUACAGAAUUGACAGGCAAGACUCAAUCUGAAGCAGUUGCUGUAUUGCGAAAAGUUCCAUCUGGUGCAAAGGUUAAAAUUAUUGUUUCUAGACAAGAAGAUGUAGUAAUUAGCCAAGUAGGCCAGAAAUCUAAUCAAGAUCUAGAUGAAAAUUAUGAACAAGAAGUAGGGAUUUCAUCAGAAAAUCAAUUAAUAGAAACAAGUGGAAAAUCCAACAGUAAUUCAGUUCAGGAAUACGUUAAAAGUUUAGAAGAAACACAAACAUUUCCUUGGAGACAUAAAGAAAUACUGACCUUUGACAUUCCUGUGCAUGAUUCAGAAAAAGCUGGUUUAGGUAUUAGUGUUAAAGGUAAAACAUCAUCUAGUAAUAACUCAUCUAAUGAUAAAGACUUAUCGCAAGACUUAGGUAUAUUUAUCAAAAAUGUUAUUCACGGCGGUGCUGCUUCAAGGGAUGGUAGAUUACGUACUAAUGACCAGCUAUUAUACAUAAAUGGUAUGUCAUUGAUUGGCCAAACUAAUGCAGCAGCCAUGGAAACAUUACGUAGAACUAUGAUGAAUGUGGAUCCUGGGCCAGUACCUGGAGCUAUUUCAUUGAUAGUAGCCCGCCGACGUAAUAGUUCUCCAACAUCAGAUAGAAGACGUAGUCGUGACUCUUCGUCAAGUCUACUUACAGAUUCAUCGGCAAACACUGAAACAUUUAGCCGAGCUGAAAGCAGUGAUAGUAGUACCCAAAAUACGGCAGAAAAUUCUGGAACAAGUGAAAACUCUGAUACCACUGUAAUCUUUAUGCAUCAAAGACAAGGAUCAGAGAGUUCAAAACGGAAUACAUUACCUACAGCUACUUCUCCGGAUGGAAUUGCAAUUCGCAAUCCAGUUUUGGAAAGGUUAACUGGACACUCAAAUCGUUAUAAUGCAUUGCGCAAUGAAAGUUAUUAUAAGGCUACACAUCAAACAACAAUUAUGUUGAAAGAAGAAGAAAAGUUAAAUAGCCCUACUGUAAACCCAUCAUCAGAAGAGAUGUUAAUUAUUGAAGAAGACCCCCCAAUUUAUAAUACUGUUAGCCGGAAAAAAAUAGAGGAAGAAAAGCCAUCACCAAUCGUAUCGCCACAAGCAAGAACUGGUUCAACUAGCACAGAUGUUACUUAUGCUAGCCAAUUAUCAUUGGAUAAUGCCAACUCAGGAUUUUCAAGAGAUGCAUUCGGUCGGCAAAGUAUGUCUGAGAAACGACAUGCAACGUUAGACGCCAAAAAUACUGAUACAUAUCAAAGAAAUAAAAAAUUGCGUGAAGAGCGUGGAGAUGAUACCAAAAUACGUAAUGGUUUUCCAUCAAAACAGCAACUUGGACCUUCUCUUGGGUUGAAAAAAUCUUCCAGCCUGGAAUCAUUACAAACAAUGGUUCAAGAGGUGCAAAUGACCGAUGGUGGAUCAAAACGGGGAAAUGUUAAAGUAGUGCGUGGUAGAGGAUGUGAUGAAAGUUUUAGAGCCGCAAUUGAUAAGGAUGGCCCAUUGUCUUUACAUGAACUAAGAUUGGAAACAUAUGGAAAGGAGAGUGAUGAUCAUCUAAUUGGUCGUAGGCAGUCUUCACUUCAUUCUCCAUCAAAUUACAAAGUACCAAAUACACCGCCGGUCGUUGCUAACAAGAAAAAACCAGGACUACUUAAAGGAAUUGGUUCCAUGUUUAGAUUUGGUAGUAAACCUCGACGAGCACCAGAUUUAAAUGGUACUUUAAGCUCUGAAGAAGAUAAUUCUGCUGACCGUGAGCGAGAAAUAGCCAGAAGAAAUGCUCGUGAUGAACAACUUAGAAUACAAGAACAAUACCAACGACUAAUUCAGCGACAGGCAGAAAUGCAAGAACAAAAUCAUUGUAGAGAAAUAGCUAUAGAUGAUGGUACAGCCAAUUAUACAAAUGUGCCUGCAAAACCGUCUAAUCCUGAACAAUCUCGUAUGGAUCGUAUCCAACAACUUCGAGCUGAACAUCAAAGAAGACACAUGGAACGCAGUGGAAAGUUUAUUCCUGAUGAGAGGGAAGAAAAUCAUUACGAAUCUGAUGCUCGACAGCCCAUCGGUAAUACUCAAAAUGCAAUAAAUCGACCUGGUAGUCGUGUAGGUAUAAUUGAUUCUUCUAGAUUUAACCAUUACGUCAAUUUCCAAGAAAUACAGCAGAAUCUUAGCCGAAGGCAGUUGCACUAUCAUUCUCAAAGACGUGACCCUAAGGAAUCUGUUGCACGACCUAGUUCUAAUUAUUACGAAUAUGAAAGCGUGAUGAGAUCUCUACCGUACACGACCGGCGGCCCAUCACGUCUGGUGGACAACAAUUCUAAUUCGUUGACUAGACAAGUAGGCAGUGUUACUCAAACUGCGGCAGUGGCGGCAACAAACAACAACAAAAAUGGUGCUGGUCGUAGUCAAAAACAACAAUCAUUGUCUCGGCAUCAUUAUCCUGUUCCUGCGACCAAGUCACCAAACUAUGCGCUGUACAACUACGGAAGCAGUGAUGCUCAAGGACACAACAGUAUGCAACAGCAGCAGCAGCUACAACACAGAGGGCCGACAACCAACAACAAUUAUGCUGGUGGUAUGUACCAUAAUCACAACCAUCAACAGCAACAGCAAAGGUCUUCGCCGCAACAAGGACCAUACAUAACCCAAGUCACCAUUCGGGAUAACAAACACAUAAUACAAAGUCCUAACAUUUAA